AUGACUGAUCAUCAAACUCUAGAUACUAUAAAUCAUGUUAUUGAAAAUUUAAGAUAAAGAUAGAAAACUUAUUAAGUAGAUUUAGAAUAAAGGAGAAUCAAUCUAUUUCAACAAUAAUAACAAUAAAAUGAAUUCAUAAUAAAAAAGCUAGAAAUAGAUUCAUUAUUAGCUUAAUCAAAAAGUAAAUAAAGAUUAAUCACAUAACUUAAGUUAAUUAGUGGCAAUUUGAAAUAAAAAUAUGAUGAGGAUUAAUCUAAAAGGAAAAGCAUACUGAAAAAUUUAUGUUUAGGAUAUAUCAAUAUUAUUGUUCUGAUUAGUUUUGUAAUUUGUUGGACAUAUUCAAAAGAAUAUCCAAACGAAGAUAGAUAUGAUUAAUUUAUUGAUAAUCAAAAUUAAGGAGUAAUUGAAGAUAUAAUAGUUUAAAACAAUACUAGUGAAUGUCCCGAUGGAGUAUAUUAUAUUUAUGAUUUAAGUUUGAAUACUUAUUUUAAUACAAUUGGCCAGGUACUAUUGAAGGUUGUGAUUGCAGUAAUAAUUAAUUAUUACCUAAUAAUUCAUUAUUAUUUAAUUUUUCUGCUGGUGGUUAAUGUACAUUAGCUUAAUUAAGUUAAGGAUGUUAAUACAUAUCUGAGGUUUCAAAUAAAACUUUAAGAUUAAUAAAUGAUAACAAUUUUUCUAAACGUAAUUUUAUGUUUAAUUUAUUAGCAUUUGUUUUAUGUGCCAAAAGAAUUUAAGGUGUAUCAUUAAGAUAUAAUUUUUCAUAUUGUCAAGAAUAAGAUAAAACAAUAUGCGGUUCAGGCUAAUUUUAUUAUUGUUUACCAAAAGAUGUAAAAUGCCCAAUCUCUUAAAUAGGUUUUACUACUGAAUAGUCUUAUUUUAAGAAUUUAAACAAAUCAAAUAAUUCUAUUUAAGGAAACAUCAUUAAUUUAUCAAAUGGACAUUAUUUUUAUUACAUUAAGAAUUAAUCACAAUUGCCUAUAUCUCAAAUUAAAAUGACAGAAACUACAGAAGUCUGUAAAUUAAAUUCAUUAAAUAAUAUAUCUCCUUAUCGAGAAGAUUACGUUUUAAUGAAGAUUAAAAGAGAACAUUGUUAAGAAAAUGAUUCUUAAUUCAAAACUGUUUAUAGUAUAAAUGAAGAUCAAUUCUAUUUAUCGAAUAAUUUAUAUUCUUUAAAUUAUACAUUGCCAUAUUUUGAAAUAAACAGCUCAGUUAUUUGGACUUUAUAAACUAAACCUUAUAAUUAAAUACUGGAUGAAUGUUAGUUUGGAUCCGAUUAUGAAAAUUUUUUAGAAAAGAAAGAUAUUAAAAAUAUUAAAGACUUAAAUGUUUACAUAUAUUGUUUAUUUAUUUCAAUAGGAUUACUACUAAUAAAAUAAUUUUUUAAUCACUUGACUAAGCUGAAACAAAAAUAAAAUAGGGAUAAAAUUUGUUGUCAUUAGUUUAGGUUUAAUAUUCACCAUAUUAAAUUUUUCUAAAUCAUAAAAAUAUUAGGUCAUUUAUGUUCAAUAAUUUUACUAGUUAUUUAUUGGGUUAAAUAAGAUAAUUAUAAAAAUAAUUUAAUUAUUUUUUUCAAUUCCUAAUGUGUAAUAACAGAAUUAGCACCCUAUUUUUAUGAUGCUGAUCAAUUAGAUGAUUCAAAAUCGUUAAAAAUUUUUAGGUUUAUUAUUUUUGCUUAAUAAUUUGUUCUGUUUUUAUAGGCAAUUUAUAAAUUAGUUAAAAAGAUAAAAGAAGACAAAUGA